GACAGAAUCAAGCGUCUACCAGACUGUGAACUUGUGUAAACAAUGCAUGAAACCAAACAUCAGCUGAAAACCGCUAACCAAAAGUCUGAAUUGAACGGAUAAAAUUAUAAAAUUAUCAUGAAGCGGAUGUCUGCAACUUAAGUGAGGUUGCUAAGGCUCACAUACAUCUAUUGAUAUGGAUGAGUUCGCUCGAACACGACAACUUUUGGAGCUAUUGAACAUAGGCGUCGUGAAAUGCUUGGAAAAGAAAACCCAUCUUGGCGUUUGCAAAGUUGAGUUAGAACAAAGAGCACCUGCCGACAGACACAAUGUUUUGAUGUGGGAACAGAGAAAUACAUGCUUUUUACCAGAAGACUUAAAAAGCUUUUUCCUGACAUCUGAUGGCUUUCAACUUACAUGGAAUGUCAAAAUGGAUAAUGGUCCCCAACCAUUGGGUAAGAUGAGGAUAAAUCGUGUAAGUCAGCUGGUACGUAUUGGUGGGACAGCACCAACCAGUCAUGUUAACCCAUCCCUGGCUGACCUAGAGGGAGACUCGGACCAGGAGGAUGAAGUCUCCGGACUCGAGAAGCCAACAUUUGACAACAGAUGUAAAAUCUACGAGUUGGAUCCGUGUGAUGGAUAUGGCAAAGUUUGUCUAGUGUAUCGUGAGAGCAAGGCAGAAGAAGGAGAUGUAGAAUCUUAUUUUGGUUUGACUUAUUUUGACCCUGUGGAUAUAUUUGAUGGAAAACACACGUCUGACUUGCUCAGAUUUGGUGGCAACGAACCAAAGAUAGAGAUUUGGUUCCUGGACAGAGCAUUGAGAUGGCAUUACCUCACCGACUCUUUUAUAGCCUACUACAGACUGAUGUUGAUGCAUUUAGGACUACCCCAGUGGCAGUACGCUCUCACGGACAUUGGACUAAGUCAACAGACGCAGCAAUGGUUUAACGUUUUCGCACAAGUGCGCCUUGAACUAGACAGAGAAACCUUAUGUGAAACCUCUGGGGACAGUAAGGGUCGUUCACAGUCGUCCCAACUAGACAUCAACAAAGUGUUCAAAGGCAAGACGGACAAAAGGAAAACAUUGACAUCGCAAACGCAACAACAAAACCCCGGAAAUAUGAAAAAGAAGCCUCUCGUACCAUCAGCUAAGACACAAUCCGUACCAGGGACUCGUGUAACAGCAUCAUCCUCACAGAUCUCUAACAAGGGAGUCAAAUAGUGUGUGUUUUAUCCUCAUAAAUCUCUAACAAGGGAGUCAGACAGCAUGUAAUGUAUCACAAGGGCAAUGUAACGGAACUUAGGCUCAAGUCGUCACCAUAUUCCGGACUAUUUUUGUUCAUGACUAUUUACGGUGGUUAUAUAUGAAAUGAUAAUCAAUUGCGAGCAAUUCGUUUCAUGAUAACUGCAUUACAUUUCGUGAUUCCAUGUGCGAUCAUCUUUCCACAAAGUGUGGGGACGUUAUAGGUGUGCGCAAUGUCUUUGAUUAAAGUAUUUGAUUUGUCUGUUGGAUUUGAAUAGAAUAAAUGUAGGUUUGAAAUGGCUAAAGCAAAUUGUAACUGUUUUGUCAGCGACAAAAAUGAGAGAAUUUACAUGGUGUAUAGGUGAACGAGUGUAUGGUAAAGUAUGGAUGACUUCGUAUAUAUGAUAUUGUGCAUUAUAUACCCUGUGAUAUAAAUGUAUAUGUAUUGAUGGAUUAUAUAUAUAUAUAUAUAUAUAU